AUGCGUUCCAAAGUUCCCAGAGAAGGCCCGGCCUGGGUGGACGAGUUCCUGUCCGGCGACUACUUCACCAGCUGCAACUUCCACACCGGCGGCAAGAACGAGCGCAACCAGUUCUGCACCGAAUGCUCCGGUAGCGGCCCCCUCUGCCAGUUCGGCCUCCUCACCUCGCACUCGGGCCACCGGACUCUCCAAGUCCGCAAGGCCUCACACAUGGACUCCAUCCGGGUCGUGGACAUCCAGCAGUGCCUCGAGGUCUCGGACAUCCAGACGUACUCCAUCAACAGCGCCAAGAUCGUCUUCCUGCUCAGCCGUCCACAGCCCCGUCCCAGCAAAGGAGCUCUGCACGCCUGCCUGUGCUGCAACCGGGCUCUCUCGGACGACGUCAAGUUCUGCUCGCUUGCAUGUAAGCUGGACGUGCUGAGGGAGCAGCCGGAGGACAGAUCCAUCACGUUUGCAUUGCCGGCCGAUGGGGAGGGCGCUGGAGGUGGCGCUGGAGGUGAAAAGGAGCAGCGGCAGCAGCAGCUCGAGGAAGUGGAGCAGAAGUUCUCGUCAGCUGAAAUGGUUUCCACCAGCGAGCAGCAGCACAAUCUGCAACAACAGGAACAACACCAACAACAAUGGCAGCAAAACGGUGAGCUCGGGAUCCAGCAAAAACCAGCGAAGAGGAAGAGGCUGUCCAAGAGGAAGAAAUGGACAGAGAAGAAGGGGAUCAGGAAGAAGCAGCCUACCAAGUUGCUGCUUCCAAAGAUCCGCAAUCGACUGCUGCUCGAGGAGGAGAAUGGAUCCGGCUGCUUCAAAAGGAAGAACAGUGAGGCAUUCCAGGAUUCGCCCACCACACCUGAAAAGUUCGAGUCAAUUUCCACUGCGAAAGCUCGAUGCAGAAAAGGCGUACCUCGUAGAGCACCGAUGGGGUAG